AUGAGACAUACAGUAACAUACGGAUGGCCUUACCAGCAAUCUGUUUUUCUGACGUUUCAUGUCAUUUCUGACUUCAAUACAGUAGAUUUGUUUCCUCUUCAGGUUAACGAUAACGACCCAAUAUGCACCUUACCCGCAUUCAACUUUGGCAUCAUCAACAACGGCGACACCAUCGGGCGGUCGUUAGGCACAGUUGUAGCAACCGACGAAGAUCAGUCAGUCAACGGACAGGUGACGUACGGUUUCGCCAGCGGUACUUCCGGAAGCGGUGUCUUUGGCAUUGCCGGUGACGGUAACGUCAGGUUGAUAGGGGACCCAGAUGGAAAGCUGGCGCCUGGAGCCCUGGUAGAUCUGACCGUCCAGGCAACAGAUGGAGGAACUCCGCCACGGUCGACAACGUGUACAGCGAACGUCCAGUACGUAUAUACGACGACGCCUCCUCCACCUCCUACCAUGCCGCCAGUGACAGGUGCAACUGGAGGCGCCGGCGGAACUGGUGGAGCUGGUGGGACCGGCUCGGCUACAACGUUGUCCCCGGUAGAUGCUGCGUUGCAGAACCCCGUCAUCCUUGGCUUGAUUGCUGCUUUGGCAGCCUUGCUGUUGCUGGGUCUCCUCGCAGGGCUUGUUCUGUGCUGCAAGAGUCGGGCCUGCAAGGGAUCGGGAGGACAAGGCUCUAAGAAUUACGAUUUCAAGCGUGACAACGUUCCUAGCAGAGGUCGGGGGUCGCCAAAGUCCAACCAGGUCAGCACGCGCGUCACCACCGUCAGCGAGGUGACCCCGGCCAUGCACGAUGGGCCAACAACAUUCAAAUACCUGUAACAGUCAACGCUCCGCGGGGGAAAAGGCGUAUAGGUGACAUAUAGAGGUUCCGCAGAUCUCCAGGGUCAAGUGUCUGGCACCAUAUGUCCAUUCCCUCCACUAGUAUGUAAAACAUGUGUGAUUCAUAGUGCCUGUGACGUCACGUCCCUGUUGCCACCUUCCAGACUUCUAUAUAUGGACAUUUGUACUUACCGAUUAUGGACUUACCGAUGCUACAUUUAGCUUUCCUUGUUAGCAUCUGUACUCUGUUAUAUACUGAACGAUGCAUUUACUACAUAGUUUUGAUAUGUUGCAAAAUAACUGUCAUAUUUUGAUUUUGUCAAAUAUGUACAUAUUUAUUGGCAUUGUACAUGCCCGUAUAGCAGUAUUUGGUGACGCUUUGAUAUGAUGUUUAUCACACAAAUUAUGCGAUUAUCUCCCUUGUAUCAUAACCGCCAAUGACGACGGUCCAAUUGACUGAAGUUUGUCCUUUGUAUAUAUGCUCGUGGAUGUGAUUUCAAUAGUAAAAACCAAGACCACAA